AUGGAAAACCAGAAAACUACCCCUAAAAAAUUAGUAAGGCCUUUAGUUAUAGUUAAUUUCGAUACUGAAGUCGCGCCAAAGAAACCAAAUAUUGAGAAAAAUAAUAUUAAUAUAUUGGAAAAAAAACCAAUUGCAAAUUUUCAUGCUACUAAAAGUGUUCAACCCAAGAACGAAAAAGGAAGUACUUCAUUGAAUAGUGGUGGCCGACGCUUGAUUAUUAAUGAAGUGGUGGAGAAAACCGAUGUCAAACCAAGAAUUUCACCUAAAAAAAUUGAAAUAACAAAACCAAUUUGUAAAGAUAUAUCUAGUGCUAUUGGAAAUGAAGUCAAUUUAUUAAGUUCAUCUUGUCAGAUUGGAAAAACAGAUACAAAAACGAAUGUUUCGUUGACUCAUACGAAUAAAAAGGAACUUAAACCGGAAGUUAGCGACCGAUUUCUACCACCUUUAAAUGAUAGUAAUAUGUUAGUAUCUAGAAAAUUUAAUAUCGUAGAACGUAGUGAUGUUUUUAAUCCUAUAUCUGUUGAAGUUUCAUUAUAUCUAUUAACAGCACGUUCAAUAGUAGUGAAUGCAGUUCCGAAGUGUUCCAAAAUUGAAAACAUGUUAAAGGAAUUUAAAACAGCAAGAUACUUGAACAGUGAGAAAGUUUGGACAAUUGGUUGGGAUGAUCAUAGAAAUUUUUGUAGUAAGAUAUGUUCUACUCCUGGAGUUAAAAAAUUUAAAAACAGAUGA